GACCUGCAGCAGCGUUCAGUGCUGGGCAGCAGGUGGAGAACCUGAGCCAGCGUGUGAACAACCACGACGCGCUCAUGACAGGUGAUGGCCCAUCAGUUUUGGCUACAGCGGAACCGGUUGCUCGCCCACAGGAAUGGCAGGUCCAAGCAUCUGGCUCACAGGAGGCGCGCGUCACAAGAGCCGAAUGUGCAGCUAUGAUCACAGAGGCCCUCGCAGGCAAGGUGGCGCCAGCACUUGGAGCUCUUCACAGCCACUUUGGCUCACAGUUCCAGGUCCACAGGCAGCGCAUUGAUCACAUUGAGAGUGAGGACUUCUUCCAGCUCUUGGCUUUGGAGGAGCUAGCUGUUGCAGGCUGUGAGUCUGUGGAUGCAAUUCACCUUGGGCCCAUCUCCCUCAUGGCUUGGUUGACUGUGAGCUCCCGAUCUUGCACAGUCAUCCACUCUGAUCUGAAGGGGGCUCCCAUGCGUGGCCUGAUGAACGCCUAUCAGAAGGCCUUCAAGAAGUACCAGAAGGAGAGUUUGGAUCACAAAGAUGCCAUCCUCACAGCCUGGAAGGAGGUGUGGUAUGAUCAGCUGAGGGAGCAAGUCAACCUCACGCAGGUGGAGCAGCAUGCCAUUGACACAGCUGCCAAGUCCACCUCACAGGACUAUGCUGCUGCAGAGAGGUUGAGCCGCUACCUCACACGCUCCAUUCCUCCAUACAAUGCUGGAGAGGAGGAAGGCAUCGAAAACUGGAUUGCCCGCUUCAAGUAUGAGUACUUCUGGGAGCUCCAGUUCGCGUGA